UUCCUGAAAGCUUAAGACUUAAUGCCCUUUGACAAAGACUCACUCUUUUUUCUUUUCUAGCUCUUUGGUUCCUUUAUCCUUUUGUAUGAUAACAUUCACACAAGAAAAGAUUGCAAAUCCUCCCUCUCUCUCUCUCUCUAGCCAACAAAAAAGAAAAUACUUCAGACCAAGAAUUUCAGAUACUGCAUCAAAUCUUGUCAGUCUUUAAGGCAACUACCUCAAAGUCAUGGAACCACAUCAUCACCAAAAGAACAGAGAAAAUGAUGUGGAGAAGCCAAUUGAAUUAGCAACAGCAGCACAAUCAUCAACAUCCCCACCUUCACAAUCUUCAUCAGCAUCCUCCUCUCCUUCUCAAGAAUUCUCCUUCACAAUCACUCACCACUCUUUCUCCACCCCAUUCCCUGGUAAUAAAUCCAAAUCCCCAAAUUCACAUGCACUUGAUCUUUCCCCUGCUGAUGAAAUUUUCUUCCAUGGCCAUUUGCUUCCUCUCCAAAUCCUCUCACACUUCCCUGCAACAUCAUCACCUAGAUCUUCCACCAAUUCCAAUGACAGCUUCACCCUCCCCAUCAGAGACUUAUUACAACUACAAUCACAUCAAAGCCCCACAAGGGACAGUGUCAGCAGCAGCAGCAACAGCAAUAGCAGCAGCAACAUCACCUCAGAGAGCAAUAACAGCAAAAGAGAAAGAGAUAACAACAAUAUUGGAACAAAAAGGGUGGAUGGUAAGUCCAAGUUUUCUUUUUUAUCAUUUGGGUUGACAAAAGAGCACAAAGGGUGUCAUGUUAAGGACAGAGAAGAUAAAGAGGUGAACAAAAAGAAGCUUGGUGUGAUUCAUGCACUGAAAAAGUACUUGAAAAUGGUGAAGCCUCUUAGGAUUUUCAGUGGAGAAAGAGAGAAAGUUAGACUUCAUGGGAAGUCUUAUUCUUAUUCAGGGAAUGUCACUCCAAGGAAUAAUAAGCAAGAGUCGAGGGGUUGGAGAGGGCAAUUUUCAGCACCAGCAUCACUGAGGACUUCUCCAUCAAACAGUGGUCUCUUGCUUGCAAGAACUACUACUCUUCCUCCUCCUCCUCCUCCUAGUGACAGCACCAUGGAAGAGUUGCAGGCUGCAAUUCAAGCUGCAAUUGCUCACUGCAAAAAUUCAUUUGCUAAAGAAGAUAAGCUCAAAUGCUGAUUGAUGGAUAGGAGGGAUUUUUUCCAUUCAAUUAUUUUCUAUAAAUGAUUUUGUAUGUGGUAUUUAAAAAAUUGUGUAUAUAAAAAUGUUCGGCUUCUUAUGCGAUGAGAUUAAGAUUUAAAAAGAAGCACAAGUGGAAAUAUCAGAGAAGAUUAAUAACUGUGCCUUGUUUUAGACCAACUUGUAUUGGUAUCUCAUGAAUUUCUGCAGUCUUCA